ACUGACGGGUGGCUUCGCCGCGGCUUCCCUGAAGCUAAGAAUCCGACCUUCACGGUCCGGGGGCUGCAGCAGCCGAGAUGCGCCUCCACCUGCUCCUGCUGCUCGCGCUGUGCGGGGCGGGCUCUACUUCCGGGGCGCUCAGCUACAGCUUAGGAGGAAGCUGGAGGAUCCGCAACGGGAACGGCUCGCUGGAUCUGUUGGGGACGGUCCCCGGCUGCGUGCACAGCACCUUGUUCCAGCAGGGCUUUAUCCAGGAUCCUUACUAUGGAUUUAAUGACCUUAACUACAGAUGGAUUUCCUUGGAUAACUGGAUUUAUAGCAAGGAAUUUAAAAUUCCUUUUGAUAGCAGCAAAUGGCAAAUGAUAAAUUUGAUAUUUGAGGGAGUUGACACAGUUUCAGAAAUCCUGUUGAAUAAUGUCACUAUUGGGAAAACUGACAACAUGUUCACCAAAUACAUCUUUGAUAUUACCAAUGUGAUCAGAGACGUGAACUCCAUUGAGCUGCGUUUCCAGUCAGCAGUGUUGUACGCCACAAAACAGAGCAAAGCUUACACCAGCCGUGAGGUGCCUCCCAACUGCCCUCCACGUGUGCAGAAGGGUGAAUGCCAUGUCAACUUCAUUCGAAAGGAACAGUGUUCCUUUAGUUGGGACUGGGGGCCUUCUUUUCCUACCCAAGGAAUCUGGAAAGGUGUUAGAAUUGAAGCCUAUAAUAUUUGUCAUCUGUAUGACUUCACAUUUGUCCCAAUGUAUGACAACAAAGCCCAGAUGUGGAAGCUUAAUAUACAGACAUUUUUUGAUGUCAUCAGCCCAACCCCAGUUGGUGGUCAAAUGAUCAUAGCCAUCCCUGAAUUAAAAAUACAGAAGACAAACAACAUUAAACUUCAACCUGGAAAAAGGACUGUUGAGCUGUCUGUGAAAAUUAACAAGAAUAUUCCUGUGGAAACUUGGUGGCCUCAUGGACAUGGAAACCAGACUGGGUACAACAUGACAAUUCUUUUUAAACUGGAUAAAGAUUUAAAUAUUGAAAGAUCAGCUAAGGUUUAUUUUAGAACAGUAGAACUUAUAGAAGAGCCCAUAAAAGGAUCUCGUGGUCUGAGUUUCUACUUUAAGAUUAAUGGACUUCCCAUAUUUCUGAAAGGCUCCAACUGGAUUCCACCAGAUUCUUUCCAGGAUAGAGUAACUUCUGACUUGUUACGGCUCCUUUUGCAGUCUGUUGUGGAUGCUAACAUGAAUGUUCUUCGGGUGUGGGGAGGAGGCGUUUAUGAGCAGGAUAAGUUCUAUGAACUCUGUGAUGAACUAGGGAUAAUGGUGUGGCAGGAUUUUAUGUUUGCCUGUGCCCUUUAUCCAAAUGAACAGAGCUUCAUGUAUUCAGUGGCAAAAGAAGUUGCUCACCAGGUCAGGAGACUGAAGUCUCAUCCCUCUAUCAUCGUAUGGAGUGGCAAUAAUGAAAAUGAAAUAGCACUGAUGAUGAAUUGGUAUAAUGUGAAAAUAACUGAUCUACCAGUCUACAUACAAGACUAUGUGGCACUCUAUGUGUCAAACAUCAGAAAGAUUGUCUUGUCACGGGACAAGAGUCGUCCUUUUGUAACGUCUAGUCCUUCAAAUGGAGCCAAAUCCAUUGCAGAAGGCUGGGUCUCUCAUGACCCUAACAGCAAGAAUUUUGGUGAUGUCCAUUUUUAUGACUAUCAUAGUGAUUGCUGGGAUUGGAAAGUUUUCCCAAAAGCUAGAUUCGUCUCUGAGUAUGGAUAUCAGUCCUGGCCUUCCUUCAGUACAUUACAGACGGUCUCAUCUGAAAAGGACUGGUUUUACAAGAGCAAUUUUUCCUUUCAUCGACAACAUCAUCAACAUGGCAACGAUGAAAUGCUGUAUCAGGCUGGACUUCAUUUCACACUGCCCCAAAGCUCAGACCCCUUACGUCAAUUUAAAGACACCAUCUACAUUACACAGGUGAUGCAGGCCCAGUGUGUCAAAACAGAAACUGAAUUCUAUCGCCGCAGUCGCAGUGAGAUAGUAAAUGGAGAAGGCCACACCAUGGGGGCACUAUAUUGGCAGUUGAAUGACAUCUGGCAGGCUCCUUCCUGGUCUUCUCUAGAGUAUGGAGGAAAGUGGAAAAUGCUGCAUUACUUUGCUCGAAAUUUCUUUGCUCCACUGUUGCCAAUAGGCUUUGAGGAUCAAGGUAUAUUUUAUGUCUAUGGUGUGUCGGACCUUCACUCAGACUCUAAAGUGCAGCUCACCGUGAGAAUCCAUGCAUGGAAUUCCCUGACACCUUUGUACUUCACUGUGACUAAACCUUUUGUCCUCAAAGCCGGGCAGGCUGUGUCCAUCUAUGAGCAACCAGUGAAUACAUUGCUGAAGACAUGUGGGAACUGUACCCGCCAAAACUGUGUGGUUUCCUUUUACCUUUCAACUGACCGUAAACGCGUUAGCCCCACCAACUAUCACUUCCUGUCCUCUCUGAAGAAUGCCCAGGGGCUCCUCAAGCCCCAGAUCACAGCCAGCAUCUCUCAGCAAGAUGACGUCUUUGUGUUUGCUCUGGAAACCUCAGCUAUUGCUCCCUUUGUUUGGUUGGAUGUAGGAAGCAUCCCAGGGAGAUUUAGUGACAAUGGUUUCUUUAUGACCAAAAAGACACGGACUGUAUUAUUUUACCCUUGGAAACCUACCACCAAGUAUAAAUUGGAGCAGUCUUUUCAUGUGACCUCCCUGGCAGAUAUUUACUGAAGGAAUCCGGCUGUAUUUUCAGUGUACACUGGGAACAACGCCUUUCUUGAGCACCGGCUGGAGAGGAAGACAACCUGAGAGAAGCUGAGGAAACAAGAGGUGCAUCUGCUCGUUCACAUGCGUCUUGACACUCUCUCAAUUGGUACAGUGCAUACUGUCAGGGAAGGCUGUUCCUCCAGGGAUGGCCUCAGACAAGGCUGUGCCUAGGUGUUCUUUUUUGCUGUUGUUGUUUUGCUGCUCUGUGGGUUGAACCCAGGGUGCCCUACCACUGAACUAUAAC